ACAUGAUUUUGGGGUCGGGGGGACACAGUUGAGUUCGCAACAGGGGUUAAUAGGGAAAUAAUAAAUAGAACCACAAGGAAUGGGAAAAGAAAAUGAGGUUGGAGCAGUAGACAGGAUCCAGAUCAAGCAGGGCCCAAUAGGCCAUAGGAAGGAGAUCAUCUGUAAAGGCUCAGAGAGGUCACUCAGUUCGUAAAGUCUAACGCCAGGGUUUGUGUAUGUAGCUGAUUGAUUCCAAAGCACAUGUCAUCUGACACUGCUUGAGUCCUGAUAACUAAGUGGAAAUGCAUGUAUUUCAUUUUACCAUGAGGAAAAUGGAGUUUAGAGAAGUCAAAUGACUUGCCCAGGUCACGUAGUAAGUGAUAGAACUGAGGUUUGCAGAGUUCUUUCUGCCUCCAAAGCAAGGCUCCUUUUAUAUGUUCUGCAGCCUCCCAGCCUUUGGCCCUGACCAACUUCAUUCACUUGUUAUUUUACGCACUCAUUCAUCGAGUAUAUUAUUUAUUGGCACCUUCUCUGUGCCAGGCCCUGUGCAAGACACCGAAGACAUAGAAAUGAAGAGAACAUGGUCCCUGCCCUCAGAAAGCUCAGCCAGUAGAAAAGAUAGCCAGAUAAACAAAUGAGAGCAUUGGAGAGGCUUGUGAAAGGUGUUAGGGUCUGGAGGAGGGAAAAUGACUCUGCCUGGGGUAGUUGCGCAAGAUUUCUUAGAGGAAGAUCUUUGAAUCAAACCCUUGAAAGAUCAAGAAUACCAGAAGAAAAAACUCAAUGUGGGCAGAACAAAGGAUGUGGGCACUCUCCAAGGGCAAGUGAGAGAAGGGGUGAUGAGUCCAGAUGUGGAAGGCUCUGACUACCAGGCCAGAACUCAGACUUAAUUCUGAGGCCACUGGGAAGCCCCUGAAGGGGCUAGAGCAGAGGAAGUGGAGAGAGACAGCAGGUGCAGCGACAGCUAGCAGGACCAUGGACAAGGAGUAUGUGGGUUUCGCUGCCCUCCCCAACCAGCUGCACCGCAAGUCCGUCAAGAAAGGCUUUGACUUCACACUCAUGGUGGCAGGAGGACCUGUCCUGUCUACAGGGGAGUCAGGCCUGGGAAAAUCCACCCUCAUCAACAGCCUGUUUCUCACCAAUCUCUAUGAGGACCGGCACCUGCCAGAGGCCAGUGCUCGCUUGACACAAACACUGACCAUUGAGCGCCGGGGUGUGGAGAUCGAGGAGGGGGGUAUAAAGGUGAAGCUGACCCUGGUGGACACACCUGGCUUUGGGGACUCAGUGGAUUGCUCAGACUGCUGGCUGCCUGUAGUGCGCUUUAUUGAGGAGCAAUUUGAGCAGUAUCUUAGGGAUGAGAGUGGCCUGAACCGGAAGAACAUUCAGGACUCCCGUGUCCACUGCUGCCUCUACUUCAUCUCACCCUUUGGCCGAGGGCUCCGUCCCCUAGAUGUGGCCUUUCUCCGGGCAGUGCACGAAAAGGUCAACAUCAUCCCAGUCAUUGCCAAAGCAGAUGCCCUGAUGCCUAAGGAAACCCAGGCCCUCAAGCAGAGGAUCCGGGACCAGUUGAAGGAGGAGGAGAUCAACAUCUACCAGUUUCCCGAUUGUGACUCUGAUGAGGACGAAGACUUCAAGAGGCAGGAUGCAGAGAUGAAGGAAAGCAUCCCUUUCGCAGUUGUCGGUUCCUGCGAGGUAGUGAGGGACGGUGGGACCCGUCCAGUGAGGGGACGCCGCUACUCCUGGGGUACUGUGGAGGUGGAGAACCCACAUCACUGCGAUUUCCUGAACCUGCGACGGAUGCUGGUGCAGACACACCUACAGGACCUGAAGGAGGUGACCCACGAUAUUCUCUAUGAGGGCUACCGGGCCAGCUGCCUACAAAGCCUGGCCCGGCCUGGGGCGCGUGAUCGAGCCAGCCGCAGUAAGCUUUCCCGCCAGAGCGCUACAGAGAUCCCGCUGCCCAUGCUGCCUCUGGCCGAGACCGAGAAGUUGAUCCGCGAGAAAGAUGAAGAGCUGCGCCGCAUGCAGGAGAUGCUGGAGAAGAUGCAGGCCCAGAUGCAGCAGAGCCAGACUCAGGGCGAGCAGUCGGACGCACUCUGAGGCCCCCGCCCCGGCCCUGCUUUACCUCGGCUCCGCCUUCAGUCCGUCUUUUGUCCAAUCCCCGAGCCUCUGGCUGCCGGGCGCUUAAUCCCAGAGCCCCAAACUGAGAAGUCCGCCCCGGCGCUGGGUUCUCGGGCUAACAGGUUCCCGCAAUGCCAGAGUUUGUAGCUCCGACUUUGGCCCCGCCCCUCCCCGCCCCGCCCCGCGCUUCCCACCCCGCCCCCUGACUCCCAUCUCCGCCCCUCUUCCCCCAAGUUGUGACUUCAAUAAAAAGUUUCCCCGAAGCCACUCGCGUCUUCGCUUUCCCAGCGGGAAUAAGUAGCGGGUGAAACCGCCCCACCCAGGCCUCCGGGCCACUCUUUACUCAUUCAUUUGUUGGGAGCUGUCUUGGUACCAGGCAGUGUUUCAGCCGGGCAUCCCACCUGAGCCCCUCUCCCACAAAUGCACCGAAGGCGCCGCAGCUAAGAAACAAAGACCAGUUGAGUUUUAUUAGGAGUCGGGGUGGGGGGUCGGACUGGCAGGAGGCAUUGGCCAGCAGAGGCCUAAGAGGGUCCCCUACUCCUGGUCCUUGGCGUCGCCAUGCGUGAUGACGUAGCAGAUGUUCUUGUAGUCUACAUUGCCUCCCACGUCGGGGGGGAACGCUGCCCACAUGUUCCUGAUCUGGGGAAAGAUUCAGGGGCGUCUUCUACCGGUUGCGUACGCUCCCCUCACCCCUCCCUCUGCGUCUCCCGGGCCCCUCCCCAACUCACCUCUUCCGGGGAGAAGCGGUCGCACUGCGUGGUAAGCAGCUCCUCCAGGCUGGAGAGAGGUGACAUAUGGGGAGUUGAGACUGGGCUUCGUGGUUCCUUUCCACUCCCUCCCACCUCAUCC